GCGGCUUAGCCCGCGAAGGCGGCGGCGGCUGGAGCGCUGGAACGGCGGCGGCUGGAGCGGGAUGGGACGGAGCGCGGCGCCAGGUGAGGUAGCUGGAUAAUAUUUUGAAGGCUUCUAAGUAAGUACAUGUCCUUGUGAAAAGUCCAUCUCCAACUCUCUUCUUGGUCUCCUCUUGGUACUGGAAGUUGCUGUGAGGUCUCCCUGGAGCCUUCUCUCCUCCAGGAUCCUGUCUUCAUAGGACAAGAAAAAGCCACCUGAGUGUGCCAGGAAGUUAAAGAACAGCUGUCUCCUCAAACGUGUAAACAGUACAGAUAUUCUGCACUCCUUUUUAAAUGAUUGUGAGCCAUGCCUUUGGUGAAAAGGAACAUUGAACCACGGCAUCUCUGCCGAGGAGCUCUGCCAGAGGGAAUUACAAGUGAACUGGAAUGUGUAACGAAUAGCACUCUUGCUGCUAUCAUACGCCAGCUAAGCAGCUUAAGCAAGCAUGCUGAAGACAUAUUUGGUGAAUUGUUUAAUGAGGCCAACAGCUUCUACAUCAGAGCAAAUUCCCUCCAAGACAGAAUUGAUCGCCUUGCUGUCAAAGUCACCCAGCUGGAUUCAACAGUGGAAGAGGUAUCCUUACAGGAUAUCAACAUGAAAAAAGCAUUCAAGAGCUCAACAGUUCAAGACCAGCAAGUAGUUUCAAAGAACAGCAUUCCAAACCCGGUGGCUGAUAUUUAUAACCAAAGUGACAAACCACCACCUCUGAAUAUUCUUUCACCUUAUAGGGAUGACAAGAAGGAUGGAUUGAAGUUCUAUACUGAUCCUUCCUAUUUUUUUGAUCUUUGGAAAGAAAAAAUGUUACAAGAUACUGAAGAUAAGCGAAAAGAAAAGAGGAGACAAAAGGAGCAAAAGCGUAUAGAUGGCACCACCCGUGAGGUGAAAAAGGUUAGAAAAGCCAGGAACAGACGCCAGGAGUGGAAUAUGAUGGCAUAUGACAAAGAGCUUAGACCUGACAACAGGUUGUCUCAAAGUGUGUACCAUGGAGCAUCUUCCGAGGGAUCACUGUCCCCAGAUACUAGGUCCCAUGCAUCUGACGUUACAGAUUAUUCUUAUCCUGCUACUCCGAAUCAUUCCCUCCAUCAGCAGAUAGCAAUGCCUUCCUAUGGAGCAGGAGAUGGUCCACAGUACAUGGCAGCAUCCCAAAGCCAUGAGCAUGAAUACAGACCACCCUCCACCACUGUACGGCACGCUACUUUAAACAGACCUCAGCAACCGCCUCCACCUCCACCCCAGCCUUCAGAUGGCCAGCACAGCUCAGUACCUGUGGUACCAGCAGAAUAUGGGAUGCUCCCAGCUCAGAUGGUGGAUUAUUACAAUCCGACAGGUCCUCCCCCUCCUCCUCCUCCCCCUAUGAUUCCUUCAGCACAAACUGCAUUUGUUAGUCCCCUUCAGCUUCCUGUGCCACCUUCCCAUUCCGGACUGGUGACUGGCUCUACAUAUGCAGCUACUCAUCCUCCUCCUUCUGGUGGGCUUGUUGUCACUGCUCCUCCUCCUCCCGGCCCACCUCCUCCCCCUCCAGGCCCUCCUGCUGCAGGUGCAUCCCUCUCUUCCUCUCCCAUGCAUGCUCCUGCAGUGUCAGAGGCAAAGCAGGCACCGAUGAGUGAUGCACGGAGUGAUCUUCUGGCUGCCAUCAGGAUGGGAAUUCAGCUGAAGAAGGUGCAGGAGCAGCGUGAGCAGGAGGCAAAGCGCGAGCCCGUUGGCAAUGACGUGGCCACCAUCCUGUCAAGGCGCAUUGCUGUGGAGUACAGCGAUUCCGACGACGACUCCGAGUUUGAUGAGAACGACUGGUCAGAUUGAACGUGGUCCAAGCCUACUGGCAACUACAUUAAAUACUUGGCUUCAGUGAUUGCUUCGUUAGCAAGAUGUAAAGCAGGACAUUGACAUGUAUUAAGGCUAGUAAGGGAAGUGCUAAAAUUGAAUUGGUAUUAUUCAGAAUGCAGUAGCUUAGCAACUCUGGUAAUAAUGAUGUGAUUAUGCUUAUGCAGAUCAGAAACUUGUCUUACUUUCAGUAUUUACUGCAUAAUACUUAAGUGCCACUAAAUGUAGCAACUUGUGCUGCGUGCAAAAUAUGCUGCAGUUGUUGCACUGUUACAGAACCAGCAUUUUAUUUUACUUUCCUGUUCUUGAAGGGAUAAAAUAUAUUUUUUUGACUUUACAUCUUAUUCUUUUAAUUAUGUAAACAACUUAGAUACUUGUGAAUUGGUCUGGUUGUUAGUCUUUGAGGGCAGCUAACUGUAUGGCUGAGUGAAGUGUUGAGUUUCAUAAAUGUGACUUCUAACUUUUUUAUUAGGUACUAAUUAUGCCCACCUUAGUCUAUUUUUAACCACUUCUGGGCUUAAGUUUUUAUGCUUACAGAACUGAUUUUAUACUAUCUUCCUUUUUAUCUUAAAAAUGUAGCAGAUGAUGAAAUGUAUACUUUGAAGAAUGAAUCCACAUGAUCCAAAAAGAACAUUUGGUGAGCAGACAGGAUAUGUCUGUAACAGUACCCGCUCUAAGUUGUUGGCUACUUGUUGGGAAGAGCAUUAGGGGGUCUCUACUGGGUGUCAGAUGCAUGUCUGUGUUACAAAUUAAAAUGAAAAUACCUGUAGAGCUUUUCAGUCUUAUGAUAAGAUCAGCUGAAUGCAGGAUAGACCUGAUGGAAACUCUGUGGCUGAUGCAGUGCUGCUGCUGCUAUUACGAAAGAUUGGAACAGUCUGGAUCUAGCAAUCAGAUACAUUUCACAAGUAUUAAACUUGGUCUUUCUGCCUGUAGGUAUAAAUGUGUGUAAAUAAGUUCAGUUGUUCCUGAUUUAUACAUGUGUAGUCAUGUAGCACAUUGACUCAGAAUUCUUACUUUGAAUGUAUUUCUUUCCCAGUACAUCCCCUGGAUAAAACAUAGGCAGUUAAAGCAGUUUUGAUGGCUGUUGAAGUACUAUGCCAGAUAUAUCUAUACACUCACUUUCUCAGUCCUUUCCUAGGCAUAGUUGCUGCCAUGAAGUCUGUUUUGACUGUCUCUGUUUUCCUUGUUUUCCUUUUUUUUUAAACCAGCAGUACAGUAUUCAAAUGG